UUGGCGGCGGAAUAAACAGAGGAAGUACUAAAUCUGCAUAACCUGAAAUAGGAAAGCGAGCUAAAUUAUCGCAUACUUUGCCGAAGUCAUUCUUUCAGUUCCCGAAGAGCAAAUAUUUGUUUCUCAACUUUGUUUGCUUCAGUUCUCGACCAUGUCUUCGCAGUUCAACAGAGGUCCAGCUUACGGGUUUUCAGCGGAAGUCAAAAACAAGAUUGCACAGAAGUAUGACAUCCAGAAAGAGGAAGAGUUGCGCAUUUGGAUCGAAGAAAUUACUGGACGAUCAAUCGGAGACGACUUCCAGAAAGGGUUAAAAAGUGGUGUUAUACUCUGCGAGCUCAUAAACAAAAUUCAGCCAGGGUCUGUGAAAAAGAUCAACCAGUCAUCUAUGAACUGGCAUCAGCUGGAGAAUCUGACCAACUUUACUAAAGCAAUCACCUCCUAUGGUCUGAAACCUCAUGAUAGUUUUGAAGCAAAUGAUAUUUUUGAGAGUGGAAAUAUGACACAGGUUCAGACCACCCUUCUUGCUCUUGCUGGCAUGACUAAAACCAAGGGCAUCAACUCGAGCGUAGAUAUUGGAGUGAAGUAUGCAGAGAAACAGGAGAGAGCAUUCGAUGAGGAAAAAAUGAAAGCUGGCCAGUGUGUCAUUGGACUUCAGAUGGGAACCAAUAAAUGUGCAAGUCAAGCUGGAAUGAAUGCUUAUGGUACUAGAAGGCAUCUCUAUGACCCUAAGUCACACAUUCUGCCACCAAUGGACAAUUCAACCAUCAGUCUUCAGAUGGGGACAAACAAGGGUGCAAGCCAGGCUGGCAUGACAGCUCCAGGGACCCGUCGUGCCAUCUACGACCAAAAAAGUGGCACCGACAAGUGUGAUAACUCCACCAUGUCUUUGCAAAUGGGCUACACUCAAGGGGCCAACCAAAGCGGGCAGAAUUUUGGACUGGGCCGCCAGAUCUACGAUGCCAAAUACUGCCCCAAAGGUGUGUCUAGCACAGCUGAAGGAGGUGCUGACGCUGCUGGCUACGUGGAUUACCAAGAUGAAGGUUACCAGGGCUAUCAUGAUGAUGGCCAAGAUUCCUGAAUGGCUGUUAAAGUAACCACUUACUUGUAAUCAAAAGAGCCAAAACAUGUAAUUACACCACAGUAAAAGUGCCAUCUGCUGGAUGUAGAUGCUGUAGGUGACCAAUACAGAACAUAUUAUGUAUGUUUUAGAUAUAAUGUUAAUAAUUCUUUUUUUAUAAAAGGUAUUUUUGGAAAAUUUGGACCAAGAGACCUAAUACUGUUAAAGUGUUUUUUAUCUUUUGAUACGUUUUGUAUUAUGUAGGGUUAAAUCGACAGUCAUUUAAUUGCACAACCACUAUAAUAAUAUUUAGUAUUUGUUUGAUACCUCGUUGUUUUUUGUAAAUGCUGAUCUCUACUUGUUAGAAACAAGUAUAUAAGAGGGUUAUAGCAAGGUUACAGCAAUAUAAUCCCAAUAUGAUAAACUGUGUUUUUUUUCUAAUCAAGCUGUUGAUUAAAAAUUUGAUAUUAAGACAAGAAAGAGCUUCACAAGAGCCCAAUUCAAACGUUGAAGGAGUAACGUGCUCAGGGGUUUAUAGUCAUGCUCUUUUGCUCAGAUAAACACGGUGAGGUGAAUUUUUCAUGCUGUUACUAUUAAAAAAUGUAAGUUAGUUAAACUAGUGAGGAUUUUGAUGCGAUUGUACUGCAGUUAUGUGGUCAAAUGUCUUGUUUUAAGAGCUUGUUUCCCCUGUAUUAUUUUGUUUUAUAUGUAAAAGGAUAAAAGUGAGAACACAUUCCUGUAAAGUGCAAAAAGGAAGGUUUUAUCUGUCAUUUCCGCAGCUUAUCCAAGCAAUUUCUGCUUUUGACAUUCUGAACAUUAUACUUCCUCACUUGAUAUGAAGAGCUACGAAUGUGGCUUACGUUCUGUAAUGUAUUGUCUUAGGUUCAAGUCUCACUUGCAGUUCAUACGAUGUGUUAAGGAGGUCAUCUUAGUAUAAAUCUUUCUGUCCUCGCUGUUAUUUGAACUUUUUGUGAAAUAUUUUCCUGUCUGUAAAGCCAGAACAACUGGAGCAAACCUUGUUUUCUUUGGGUUAUAGUAUCGUAAAAGGAAAUUGAACAAUAAUAUUGUGAACCUUGAACAUUCCACAUUAGGAACUGGAUUCACUACUUUUUUAUUCCACAGUAUUUGUCCUUCGUUGUUCUGUCAUUGCAAAAAUCCAGGUAAAAACCCUCGCUUAAAUUAAAUAUGGCUAUGUAUUCUCUAACAUAUUUUUACUUUUCAAAUGGAAUUUGAUGAGUAGAUGGAUGUAGUAAAGACUGGGUUUGAAAUAAAUGGUGAGCAUCAA